CCUUUUCUGAUUCUGCCUCCAUUUUUGCCAAGAUGAGUGCCCCUCCUCCCCCACCUUUACAACAACAGCCUUCCUCAUCUCAGAGCUCUCGCUCAAAGUCAAGCAAGAUGGGUAGCAGCAGCAGCAGCAGCAGCUCUUCCAGUCAUUCCUCGGGCUAUCCACAGUUCCUGCGCUCUUUCCACCCGUCUGAGGCAGUACUAGCACAGGAGCAGUUACACCCAGGUGUAGGCCGUUUUGAGCACUUUGCCGGGGGAAGUAGCAUUAGCGCGAGUGGUGGGGGAUUAGGAGGAUUAGUAACAUCAGCACCUCCACCCCCACCUCCUCUGCAUCCCGGCUUGUCUGUCCCCCAAGCAUCAUCUGGCCCCUCCUCGUCUUCCCCUUCUCCUUCAACCUCUGUGGCCACCUCUAACAAUCCUAGUAGCAGUGCAGUCAGCUCUUUGGGACACCAGUUAGUUGGAGCCCAGUCUGAUGCACGGAGCCUUCACCAACAGUUUAGCUGCAUGCUAGCUGCUAACCAGUAUUUUCUCUCUGGGGUGCCUGCUAAUGCUAGUUUAGAGCAGUUCCUCGUUCAGCAGGGUAGCCAUAACCACCUAGGGAUCGGCUUAAGUCAAGCAGGUGGGGAGUCUAGCACUAGCCUCGCUCCACCUUCCGCACUGCAUUCUUCUCACUCGCUGAGCCACCCUCAGCCACAGCAGGCACCGCAGCAGCCACCCCAGCAGCAACAGCUUCCGCCUCACACCCUUUCUCAUCCUCACUCUCAUUCUCAUCCUCACCACCCGCUCCACCCCGGCUCCCAGCCGUCGUCGCUGGGCGGCUUUGACUUUCAGGGUAUCCCUGUCCUCUCAUCAAAUCAGAUCGCUUCUCUGAUGCAGCAGGAAGCAGGCUUGCCACUCCCUUUGCCACUUCAUUUGUCCCUGUCAAAGGAUGAUGGCAAAGCGGAAGGCGCAGGUGGUGGAGCCGGUGGUGGUGGUAGUAGUAGCAGUAGGAGGAAGAAAGCGAUGGCUGGUUAUUUGCCCCAAAGAAAAUCUGAUAGCGCUAAUAAUGGCCACAGCAGCCAUAGUGGUAAUCCUAGCACUGGUAGCAACAGUGGAGCACUUAGUCAUAGUCAGCCCCCAGCUUUAAUUGGAAGUGGGGUUGGUUUAACAAAUAUGGGAGGUGACCCAUCAUCCCUUCUUGCCUCUUCAUCCUCAUCCUCAUCAGUAGUUUCUUCCUCCUCCUCCGCCGCUCCCUCUUCUUCUGCUGCCUCAGUACUCAUUACUAAUGAUUCUCACCUUUCUAAAUCUGAUAACCCGAGCUCAAUGCAACCCAACGCCACAGAUUCCGAUACAGAGCCAGUUUAUAGCUGUGGAGAGUGUGGCAAAAGCUUCCCUCACCUUUCGAGCCUUCGCAGGCACAUGCGUAUGCAUGAGCCAACAGCAGCUGGCACUAGCAAAGUUGCCUCUACUGGCCCAAAUCCUGUUCACAUUAAAACUCAGUCAGACCCCACCCUCCCCCAUUCGACCCAAGAUACGCCCCAGCCCUCGUCCAGUUGUUGUCCUAGUCCAGACAAAAUAUUUCAUUGCCCCGAAUGUGGCAAAGGCUUUAAGAAAAAAGGGCACCUCCUGCAACACGGUGUCUUACAUUCUUCAGCCCGCCCCUAUGGCUGCUCCACCUGCUCUCGGGCUUUUAAUCGUAGAGAGUCACUGACACGGCAUGAGAAGAUACAUGAGGAAAAGCCAUUCCGAUGUCCUGCCUGUGGUCGUGCCUUCCGUGAGAGCACCUCUCUACUCAACCACGCUGCCUCAGGCACCUGCGGCAAGCCAGGUAGGGGACCUAAACAACGGGGCAGCAAGACAGGAAGCGAUGGUGAGGACAGAGUUGGGGGAGGGAGCGGAGGAGGUAAUGGAGGAGGGGGAACUUAUCAGAGCAAUAGGGGGGUAAUUUAUGGGAAAACUGAGGAAGAGGAUGGUGUAAUCAUUGUGGGGGAAGGAGAGCCAAAGUCAGGUUUAGGAUGUGAUGGUCUGUUUCAAUCUGGAAGGGGAGGGAAUUCAAAUAACAGGGACAGAACAGAUGGUAAAUACCCCACUGACUACUCUCGGAAUCGUUACACAGGCUACCAUGAAGACCACCGUUCUCAAGGUAAUCCAUCUCCGUGCUACUCUGGCGCCUCCCCCUGCGGGAGUGGGAUGGCCGGCCCAGCUUUGAGAAAGGCACCCCUGGCCCCAACGCUGCAUCCGCACUCACAGAGCCACAGCCAGCACCACCAUCCGCAGCAACAACCCCACCUGCCCCUCUCUUCUCUACUGGAUGACUCAGAGGAUGAUGUCACCAGCUCCGUCAAUAACGCGAUCUCUGCGAUCACGGCUGCGAGUGGAAAUAGAGAUGAUAGAGGAGACAUCAUAGGAGGCCUACUAGGUGGUCUUGGUCUUGGCCCUCUGGGUUCCCCAUCGACCUCCGGCAUGGAUAAAAAUUUCAGAGGUGGUGGGAAUCCGGAGCCUUUGAGCAGCAAUCCACAAAAUCCUGCUGCUAAACCCAAACGUCCCCGCAAACCCAGACCCAAGAAAGAUCCAACAGCUGAUGGGCAGCCCCCUAAACGUAGGCAGUACGCUCCAAGGAUGGGAACCAGCGGCCUCCCCCGCACUCACCUCUGCAGUGUCUGCGGUAAGGGUUUUGCACGCCGCGAGACUCUACGCAGGCACGACCGCAUUCAUACUGGAGAAAAGCCUCAUCACUGCACUGUUUGUGGGAAAUAUUUUAGAGAGGCUUUCCACCUAAGCAAGCAUCAAACAGUCCACUCUGGCGCAAAGAAUUACAAAUGCAGCAUCUGUGGCAAGGAGUUUGGCUACUCCCAGAGCCUCAGGAGGCACAGCAAACUCCACCAGAAAGGGGAGAUGGAAGAGGUGCCCACAACGCCAGCUCCAGACAACAUAAACAGCUUUAAUACAAACCCUCAAUGCGGUGUGACCCAAGACGGGAGCCAGAACCAAGUACCAAGCACCUCCUCCUACUACUCCUACCCUCAAGAUGUCAAGCCUCAAGAUACCCACCCUCCGCCACAGACCCAGCCACAUUCACAGCCUCCGCCUCGUCUUUACACCUGUGCGAUAUGUUGGAAGUCGUUCCGCCAUCACUUCCAUCUGACUGCUCAUCACCAGACGGUUCAUGAAAGUGGGGGUGAAAAGCACUUCUGCUGUGAGGUGUGUGGAAAAUCAUUUGCCUACUCAAAUAGCCUAACCCGACACAGGCAGUCCCAGCAUGGAAUCACCCGCGCUGAGCCGUCUAACCCUCAAGAAGGCAGCAGCGGGUCUGGAGACAACCGAGGAGGGAGUGACGUGAACCAGUCGGCGUCGGAGAGCGAGGCCGCCACCAAUGCUCUGCUACAGAUGGCCCCUGCUUCCGAAAGCCACGUCCCUCCAAGUCUAAAUGUUGUCACUCACAACCACCAGCAGGCAGCCUCGCAACCGCCUGCUGGUUACUCCCCCCUUUUUUAUGACGCCACAGCCCAUUCUUCAUCAUCCAGUGCCCCAUCUUACUCGCAGCCUCUGCCCCCCAACUCCACGAUCAUGCCGCCUCACCACCCGCACUCCCCAGCCGGGGUUAAAGGAGAGCAUAUAUAUCCAGCCGGAUCCCGCAGCCGUACGCUUCACACAACAGCCCCCUUUCAGCCCCUUACAGAACUGCCCUCCACUGAACAUCACCAUCUACAUCAUCAUCUUCAUCACCCCCACCAUCAUCCUCAUCAUCAGUCAGGUGCCCUGCCCCCCCAACACCUCGACUGCAGCAACCAGGUGUCACAUGAUGAAAUCAGGCGACACAAGAAGAAAAAAAAAAAGUCCGAUAGGGGAGAUUGGAGGGGAAAUAAGUAUGAAUCCCAAGACAUAGUCAGAUUCGAUGGCAGCCGCAAGAAGAAAAAGAUAAGUUGUACAGUAAGAGGGGGGCCAUUGAACAAAAAACAAGGCUCUCUUCGCUUGACGAUUAGACGGGGAGAAGGAUCUGGUGGCGGCGGGUAUAAACUUGUCAACACUGGGGGAGUGAAAGUUCAGAUCCUGUCAUCCCUAAAAGUUCCCGUGAAGCGUUUUGGCUGUCCGAUAUGUCCCAAUUCAGUGUUUUCCCGCAAAGCGGGACUGCUGAUCCACAUGGCAGUUAGACACCCGCAAAGAGCCACGACCCGGCUGGAGCGACUUCAGUGCAGCGUAUGUGGGAAGCGGUCACACAGGCCCAUGGCUGCUUAUAUCCACCGGGCUACUCAUCGCUCCAAAGGGUCCUUCUCCUGCCUGGGUUGCUCGGCCCGCUUCUGGAACGCUGUACUUCUCCAAAGGCACAAGGGGGCCUGCCGCCAAGUUGUUCAAGAAGCACGGCCGGGCGAUGCGAAGAGGAUGAAGCUUCUAAAGAAACCGGCAGAAAGACAGACCCGAGACGGUCAAGGAGACAUGCCGUACCACCUACUUGGAUCAUAUAGAUACUGAGCAUCCUGGUAUCCGACAACUGUCGCGCAUGAUUGCGAAAAGAGGAUGACAAUAAAGGGACUUGAAAUUAAUUUUUGACUCUGCUGACUUUAGGACCGGGUGUGGUAACAACUACUGUAGAGCGUCAUGUUUAAUCACCUGAAAUUCUUCCAGAUUCUUUUGGAAUGUGUUUCAAAGAUGUGACUGUUUCCAUAGGAUCACUAACCCCUUAAGUGCAUUGACACUAUGCUUGGCAGUCACUAAGCAAGUUUAGAUAACAACGUGUAUCUUUUCUCCCCAUAUUUUAUCCAGCAUCCCUGCUGCACCUCUCGCUGUAUGAUAAACUCUGUCCCUGCCGUGUACUCUGUCUUGUUCAUGUAGCAGCUCUGAAGAUUUCCUUUUUUUUUUUUUUUUUUUUUUUUUUAACUAUUAUUAUUUGUCAAGUGCUUUUAUUAGGAGUAGGGACUUUGCGGUGAAGACAUUUGUUGAUAGUUCUGUCAGUGCAUGUUUGUUCUCUGGUCAAGUUUUUGCUGAGGUGAUUGACAUGUGAUGGCUUAUUGAAGUAUAUCCCAGACGUUUGUAGUGUCGACUUGAUUCAAGAGUUCCUCCCAUAACCCCUAGUGAUUAUAAUCACGUAUAGAUGACAUGUUCACGGUAAUUAGCAUCAAGGGUCUCCUGCCAAAAAUGAAGAAACUUACUUCACUUGGUUCGUUUCAGAUUUUCUUAGCUUUUGUACCAAGAGGUAGAACACAAGGUAAACAAGUGGACUAUUAACAGUUUCUCAUGUUAUUUGUAUGCUCUUUUAUUUGAAUUUUUUUUAGCAGUAAUUCUUUCUACAAUGCUUCACAUUGGACCUAUUUUAGAAGCUCCUCAUGUAUUUAAGUACGUAACUGUCCACACGCCAAUCUGAGACUGAACCCUCAACCUUUUUUUGUGUGUGUGCUGAGUUGCAAUCAUAACCUGAAACUGUCACACUUUGGUUUUCUUCUAAAGAAAGACGUUAACCUCUUCACAUAUGAAAUGUCCGUGUCCCUUUCACACCUUGUUUUUUUUUUCUUCCAAAGGAAAAAAAAUAUAGUUUUAGUAGAUUUUUAUCACUUUAUUUACUUAAAGCCAGUAGUUGAUUAUAUUUGAAAAUGAAUAAACCUUGAGUGUAAUA